UUUGCUUGAAAAGGGUUGAGAAAAGAAACAACGGCGGCGCAUCUUCUCCGCCACCCUCUCUCCCUUAAACAAUCCCCUUGAACCCUCCGCCUCCUCUGCAAUUUCAAGCCUAAGCUCAGCUCCUAAAUACACUAUUUAUUAGCAUUGUUUUACAUCACUGAGGGAUUAAAUUAGCUCUCUUUCCCAAAUGUUUUGAUUUGCUUGCAAUUUUACUCUCUCCCUCUCUCUCACCUACCCUUGGAAUUGGAGUUUUCAUCUUAAAGCAUUCAUUUUUAAGCAUUCCAAGAAACUGUAUUGAGUUCUAGAGAGAAAAGGGUGGUGCUAUUGAAUUGAGUUUUGGAUAGAGAGAGGCGAGGAGGAGGAGUUCUUGAGGAGGUUUGUGUUGAAUAUGAGUGUAAAAAUGCAAUCUUUGGAUUCCAAUAGAAAAGAGUUUUCCUCAUCGAAUUCCAAUUUAGGGCUUCAAUGGAAUCUCCAAGAUUCCAAUUUUUACCCUGGUGGUGGCUUAUUCGCCUCUGUUUCUCAAAUGGGAAACGAUGAUAAUGGGGGUUUCAAAUUGCCCUAUGCUGAUUUGCUGGUUAAGUAUGUUUCAUUGCCUGAGGGUGUCAAGAAUCAAGGUUUGUCGGAGGAGGAGAGUGAGUUGGUGGAUAGGAAGAAGAAAAGGGGACUUAAGCUGAAGAUUAAGGUUUCUAACCCCUCUUUGAGGAGGUUGAUCAGUGGGGGGAUUGCGGGGGCUGUCUCUAGGACUGCAGUGGCGCCGUUGGAGACGAUUAGGACUCAUUUGAUGGUUGGGAGCAGUGGGAAUUCUAGCUCCGAGGUGUUCCAGAAUAUUAUGCAGAGUGAGGGGUGGAAAGGGCUGUUUAGGGGGAAUUUUGUCAAUGUGAUUCGUGUUGCGCCUAGCAAAGCCAUAGAGUUAUUCGUUUACGACACUGUGAACAAGAAUCUCUCACCAAAACCCGGUGAACAACCAAAACUGCGUGUUCCCCCUUCGUUGGUUGCGGGGGCUUGUGCUGGUGUCAGCUCGACUUUAGUCACGUACCCCCUCGAGCUAGUCAAGACUCGACUAACCAUACAGAGAGAAGCAUACAAUGGCUUGCUCGACGCCUUUGUUAAAAUAUUCCAAGAGGGCGGCUUUCCGGAGCUCUACAGAGGGCUCACUCCCAGUCUCAUCGGAGUGAUCCCGUACGCCGCAGCCAACUACUGUGCAUAUGACACUCUGCGGAAAGCCUACCGGAAAGUCUUCAAGCAGGAGAGGAUUGGCAACAUCGAGACCCUCCUCAUCGGCUCCGCUGCCGGCGCCAUUUCCAGCACCGCCACGUUUCCUCUGGAGGUAGCUCGGAAGCAUAUGCAGGUUGGGGCUGUGAGCGGGAGGCACGUGUACAAGAACGUGCUCCACGCUCUCGCAAGCAUUCUUGAACGGGAGGGGCUCGAAGGCCUGUACCGAGGGCUCGGGCCGAGCUGCUUGAAGCUCGUGCCGGCUGCCGGCAUCUCUUUCAUGUGCUAUGAGGCGUGCAAGAAGAUUUUGGUAGAGAAAGAAGGAGAGGAAGAGUAGAGAGAUUGACUGAGAGAAGAAAGAAUAAGGAAACAAAUUCAAAGAUAGGAUACAAAGUUUUUUUGGCAUUUGACUGUUUGCAUACCCUUUUUUUCUCUCAUUUGAAAGUUUUUUUAUAUUGAAUUUUCUUUCAUGGUGUUUUUAGAGUUAGAUUCUAGCUGCAAUUUCAUUGAACAUGUUUGGAAUCUACAGAGGUUGAAUCUCAAUUUUUUUGUCAA